GGAAGACUGCAACAUGCUCGUAGCAGAUUGCGUUGUGAUAUCGUGCUGCUGCCAGUGCUUGAUUCUGCAAAUCAUCUUCUUUUUUCUGAGACUUCCUUGCAAAUUGAUAUUGAAAACAAAAGAAUUCGCGAAGAAGCUUCGAAGUAGAAGAAAAAUGGGUAUGACGAUUGAGUCAGUAAACGGUGGAUAUAGAUUUCAAGAAGAGUUUGUAGAGUUGCAUAGAAGAUCUAUAAGCAUACAGAUAAUUGAAGCAUUUCCAGUAGAGAGAGUCCAGGGAUAUCAGUGUUGUAUGGAAGAAGUUGAGAAGGUGUUUGAUGAAUUGUCUCUGAGAGGAGAGUUUGCAUUUGGGAGCUUUUGGCGUAGGGAGGGAUCAUCAGGAAGCUCCAUACAGGAAAUUGAUAUUGAUAGCAUUAACUUUACCCAAAACAUUUCCAAAAGCCUCUCUUUGCCUUUCCCUGUUCUUCCUUCUCUUCCUCCUCCUCCUCCUCCUCCUCCUCCUCGGUUGCGGGACAUGAUGGCCACCACUAUCAACCAGUCUGAUCAGAUUAAGCAACUGCAGGACAUUUUCAAGCGUUUCGACCUGGACGCCGACGGUAGCCUAACCCAGCUCGAGCUCGCCGCCCUCCUCAGAUCCUUGGGGCUCAAGCCCACCGGCGACCAGCUUCAGAUUAUGUUAGCAAACAUGGACUCAAAUGGAAAUGGGUCCAUUGAAUUCGACGAAUUGGUCAACGCCAUUCUCCCCGACAUAAGCGAGCAGGUCUUGGUCAAUCAGGAGCAGUUAAUGGAGGUUUUCCGGUCCUUCGAUCGGGACGGAAAUGGGUAUAUCACCGCCGCUGAGCUGGCAGGGUCCAUGGCCAAAAUGGGGCAUCCGUUGACGUACCGGGAGCUUACCGAGAUGAUGAGGGAGGCCGACAGUAAUGGCGACGGCGUGAUCAGUUUCAACGAAUUCACGACGAUCAUGGCGAAAUCCGCCGCCGAAUUUCUUGGCCUCAGUGUUGCAUAAAAUUACUGGUGCGUGGAAAUCCGCCGCGAAUCCGACUAGUAAUUUUUUAGUUUCUUUUAAUAAUGUUAUUUUCUUUUUGUGUGUUUUGAGGGUAAUGGAUUUGGUAGGAAAUCAGUGUACAUGAUUUGAAGGAGAAGGAACAACUUGUCUUGUAUUAUAAAGAAAAACGUGAAUAUGACUCAGUUGCAUGAUGUAUUUUCUGCUUUGAUCUACCUCACAACACCAAUGUUAAUGUCAAGAUUUGUAUACUGUGUUUUGUCACAAGUUAUUGUCUAAAAUUUUGACCAAACAAAUAAUCAGUUUCUAUUGGU